AUGGCCUCGAUCGCGGCAUCACUGGCCUCGGCCCUCCCGACACCCAAGUACACUGGCGAAGAUGAGGAAGCUCCCUCACGCGCCCUGCAACGCGGCCCGCGUAUUGUCGGCGCCGGCCAGCUGGACGAGACGCAAAUCGUGCUGAAGCGAUCGGGCCCUCCACCAUACCAACAGCGAGCAGGAUGGCGACCACGAGGACCCGAAGACUUUGGCGACGGCGGCGCGUUCCCCGAGAUACCGAUCGCUCAAUACCCGCUCGACAUGGGGAAGAAGGGCGCGACGACCAGCAACGCGCUCGCCAUCCAGGUCGACGGCGAGGGCAAGCUCGACUACGGGGCCAUUGCGCGUCAGGGCCACGCCGAAAACCGAAUCGUCCAUACUUCCUUCAAGGAUCUGAUUCCUCUCCGCCAGCGCGCCGAUGCGGGAGAAAUCGAUCUGAGCCGGCCGAGUCAAGAGGAGGUGGAAGCGACGGCGGAAAAGACGAAGAAUGCGCUGGCAGCGCUGGUUAGCGGUGCCGUGGCCGCCCAAAAGCCAAAGACGCUCAGUGUUGGAAAGCGAAAUGACCCGACAUUUGUGCGAUACACGCCAGCGAACCAGAUGGGCGACAACUCGACCAAGCUGGACCGUAUCAUGAAGAUUGUAGAGCGGCAAAGGGACCCGAUGGAACCCCCCAAGUUCAAGCACAAGAAGAUCCCUCGUGGACCGCCAAGCCCGCCACCCCCCGUCUUGAGAUCGCCGCCGCGAAAGCUGACGGCUAAGGAUCAGGAGGACUGGCGCAUCCCUCCGCCUGUCUCCAACUGGAAGAACCCCAAGGGUUUCACCGUCCCCUUGGACAAGAGAUUAGCGGCCGAUGGACGCGGACUCCAGGACGUGGCGAUCAACGACAAGUUUGCUCAAUUCUCUGAAGCACUGUACGUUGCAGACAGACACGCCCGCGAGGAGGUCAGACAGCGUGCAGCCAUGCAGCAGCGUCUGGCAGAGAAGGAGAAGGCGCAAAAGGAGGAGAACCUCAGAAUGCUGGCCCAGAAGGCUCGCGAAGAAAGGGCCGGCGGCGGCAGACGGGACUCACGAUCACGGUCACGGUCACGCAGCUACAGCGAUUCAGACUCGGAAGGUUCGGACGGCUCUGAGGACUCUGAGAUCCGGGAGAGAGAAAAGGCACGAAAGGAGCGUAUGCGCGAGGAGGAGAGGAAACUUCGGCAAUCACGCAUGGGUGCCGAGAGGAGAGUCCAGGUCAUGGCAAGAGAGCAAAACCGCGACAUUUCGGAAAAGAUUGCUCUGGGUCUCGCCAAACCUACCCAGUCCAAGGAAACCAUGUAUGACUCGAGACUUUUCAACCAGUCCAGCGGCUUCGACAGCGGCUUCAACGAGGACAACCACUACGACAAGCCGCUCUUCGCAGCGCAGGAGGCCAUUGGCAGCAUUUACAACCCGCGAGCCAACAUGGACGACGAGGACGACGAAGCGGCAGGUGAUAAGGAGAUGGCCAAGAUUCAAAAGACCAGCCGGUUCGGCGAGGCUUUGGGUAGGGGGACGUUCAAGGGUACAGAAGAUGUCGAGGCGAGAGAGGGACCGGUGCAGUUUGAAAAGGAUGCCGGGGACCCCUUCAACGUGGACAAGUUCCUGUCCGAGGUGGAGCAAAACUCUUCGUCCAAGAGGGGGUACGGCCUUCAGGAUGACGAUUCCCGGCAGCCGAAGCGGGCGCGAGUGGAAGAGGAUGAUGAUUAA